AUGAAUGACCUCCACCACGCUCCGUCUAGUCGCGGGGUUCCGCAUGUGGAGGCCAGUGCGAACGCCGGGUCUGUGAACACUUCAACGUCACGAGCGCCAGGAGCCCCAACUCGUGCGGAACAAAUCCAGGUCCCUCGAUCUCCUCAACCGCUAUCUCUGCAUAUAGAUGGGUUGGAUUCCCGUUUUAAUGACAAGUCUAGCGCUUUCCCAUCAUAUGUCGAGUCAUCCGAACGCGACAGCGACACGUCUGCCGAUGCUCGUCGACCUGAGCCACAAUCCGCGAGCACCUUCACGGACUCUUUGUCCAGCAUUCCUUCCUCCUCGAUGAACGACUACAAUCAAUCUAUCAAAAUUGAAAAUUCGCAGUCCUCUACCGAAGACGCACAAACCCCCAAAACAUACUCGGACUCUCAAGAUCAAUUUUCGGUCAAUGGGAGUGGAUCAAUAGACGGCUAUACUUCAGAAAAAAAGGGCAGCGUUUCUUUGUCCCCGCAGCAGUCUCCGAAGAGUUCCACUUCGCAGUCGACAAACGAAGUGCACUUUGCUCCAGGGCACAAAAGAACAGCCACUGGAGAUGUCAAAACCAUAUCGAGUCUCGCGACGCCCCAGGCGUUCGACCCUCAAGCGGCUGCUCGGCGGCGUUCAAAGAGCACAGGAUCAUCGGCUCAUGGAAGCAGAAUUGCACAGCUGUCCGUCCAUAUUCGCACACGUCUCUCAUAUGCUGCUGCCAAGAUAGAAAAGUCCCGACAGUCGCGUGACAAUAAAACUCAACUUGCAAUCCAAGGCUUGGAAAGUCUCUCAUCAGCAAGUCCGCCGACACCAAAUGGUGCAACCCAAGGCGCAACUCCAACAUCUCAUCCACAACCUUCAUCAUCAACACCUACACCUCGCAACUUCCCCUCUCAUAACCGUUCUCAGUCAGCUAUUUCCUCUGGAAAACUUCUUCAAGUACCCAAAUUAGCGCCUCCUGUCGAUAUCAUAUCAUCUGCCGGGGAUACACGGCGACGCCGACCUAAUCCAAAUACGGCUACCAAGCCGUUUGAUCGCAGUCCUUAUACCAGUCAUCAUCGAAGACACCAUUCAGUGCAGGAGCCUUCCCUGACUAAAACUCUGGGAUCCCCUCCAAUGCUAGAACCAGGGACGCCACAUGUCCCCCCCUCUGCACGCAUGCCGCUAUCUGCGCAGCAUGAGGUCUAUAGAUCUCGCACUCAUUCUCAAAGCACAGCGAUGGAACAAGAUGCAAUCGAGACACUUAUGUUCAUGUCAAGUCCAGAAAAUUCUGGAUACCGCUCCAGUCCGCGCCCUUUCCAGCCUCUCGCCUCGCAACUCAGUUUAAAUGAGUCAAUUCACUCGCUCUCGAAUGGUGUAGCAAGUGACUAUCACAGUCAAAGCUCACUGAGCGAGAAGUCCCAUAACGGCCGGAGCUUUGAACUCAGGCCCUCUGGGUUUGGGUUGGAAUAUCACGCCGGAGAUGAAAUCGACCGUAUCUUGGAUCAAAUGGAAAGUGACAGUGAGGACGACGGGCGGUAUGCAUCAUACCGUCCCAAACCUCGUGUACAGACUUCUAGGAGGUCUCACGAGUAA